AUGAACCUACUCCAACUGCUUCUUCCUAUUUACGUCUUUUUCCAAACAGGUUAGUUAUACAAUCUAUUCGUAGUUGGCUUGGGGUUACUGUAGAGAUAGCGUCAGGACCAUUUUGGCUAAAUACAGAACCUUUUUGCCAGAGAAGAACGAUUCAUAGAAAACAACACAUUUCUGGCCGAAACCUGAGACUAAAUGUGCAUUUACAGUGUCAAGUAGAUGCGACUGUAUGCACAAGAUCGUCCUUUUGCACAGCCCUGAGGACUACCGUAUCAUCAGUUCUCCAGAUUAUCCAAGGUUAUUUCAAAAUUUGAGAAUGGAGAAAAGAAUCGUUUAUGAAAAACCUUGCAGACUCAAAAAUAAAACUUAAAAAUAUCAGCAUUUUUGCUGCAGGUUCAAAAUCUCUCAACUUUUUUUUUGGACGUUCUUGGGUCAUUUAAUGAUCACUCAAGUAGUGCCAGGUCAAAACUCCGAUUUUCAGAACCUAUUGCGGAAAUUUGGAUUGUCUAUGGCGCGUCGUUGCCCCGGACAACACAUCAAAGGUACAGAGAAGCCGUUUUUCGCUAUUAUUUUACAAAAUUAGGUCUAUUUCUACGCCGACAACUUGGAUCUUCGAGAUGAUAUCGAUCAAAUCGUGUUUUACGAUCACAAGUUCCUUAUUGAAAGCGAUAAUGUCACAGAAUCCUACUCGUAAGUGGAUUUAACCUAAGCUAUAAGAUCCGAGAGAGGAAAAUAUUAAUUAAUUUUUUUUUUUUGAAUUCAAAAUAGGGUCAUUUUUUGAGAGAGAAUGGUGAAAAGAAUGUUAAUUCAAAACCUGUUCUUCCGAAGGCAUACAGGAAUUUCAGUCAGCUUUUGUAAAUAUAUGGAAGUUUAGUUGCACGGGCGAACGGCUCUGUAGGUACGCCAGUACGGCUCAGUACCUGACCAUCAGGUAAUCCGAAACAGACGAUGAUUCCUGGGCACAAAGGUUGAAAUUUGAUUUAGAUUCAAAACGGGAGGCGGAGAAAUCGAUAAUUACGGAUUUCAAGGCACCGUUUCAGCAAGGGAAAAGCCAUCAUACGGUAGGGUUCAUACUGUUAUAGAGGUUUUAAGGUACAGUAAUGGAGCUUUGGGUGUACUUUUCGAAAAGGCUUGAAUUUUUUGAAAAGUUCCUCAAUAAACUCAAUAUUUCGUUGUUUAUACUUCAUUUUGUUUCUACUUUUCGUUUUAUUUUUUGAAUGGAGAAAAUAUUGAAAUGCUCCCCGGAAAAAGCUCGUUGCAGCCCUGAUGGCGGCGGUGCACAAGUAUUUGCUGCCUCUGACAGUCUUGGCAGUGAUGCUGCUCGGCGUGAUCGUGAGCAUCGUUUGCUGUCGCAGGACCGUCGAAGCCGACUACCAGCCUCACUACAAACACGAACAUCACGAGGAAAUUGUCGAAGACGGUUCCGACAAGCUUCUUCAAAGCUAA